AUGGCGUCCCAUGAUGAGAGCCCAAAGGGCAAGAAGAGCCUCAUUGUCAAUGCUGGUCACCAGUCGCCAGGACUAUGGAGACAUCCCGAUGAUGAGUCGUGGAAGUUUAAGGACACUGAGCACUGGGUCGAGCUGGCCAAGCUUCUCGAAGAAGCCAAGUUCCACGGCAUCUUUAUUGCAGAUGUCCUAGGAGGCUAUGAUGUCUACAAGAAGUCUUUGGACCCUGCCAUCAUCUCUGGAGCCCAAUGGCCCCUGACCGAGCCCCUGGUUACCGUACCUGCUAUGGCUGCAGCGACAAAGAACAUUGGAUUCGGUGUGACGGUUUCUACAACCUAUGAGCAACCUUUCCAUCUUGCUAGACGCCUGUCGACUGUCGAUCAUCUGACCAAGGGGAGACUGGGAUGGAAUAUUGUCACAAGUUACCUAGACUCAGCCGCUAGGAACCUGGGUAGAACCGAACAACUGGAUCACGAUGAACGAUAUGCCCAAGCCGAAGAAUACAUGGAAGUCAUGUACAAGCUCUUUCAGUCAUCCUGGCGAGACGACGCCGUCAAGCUCGACCGAGAGAAGGGUAUCUACACUGACCCAGAACUUGUCCGCCAAAUCAACCACCAAGGAAAGUACUUCAACGUUCCAGGACCUCAUCUCGUAGACCCUAGCCCUCAAAGAACGCCUCUUCUCCUCCAAGCCGGAGCAUCUAAAGCCGGAAAAGCCUUUGCGGCUCAGCACGCAGAGGCCAUCUUCACAUCCGCUCAUGCCCCCUCGGUGUGCAAGAAGAACAUUGCCGAGAUUCGACAGCUAGCUCGGGACCAGUUUGGCAGAGAUCCCAGCAAGAUCAAGGUUCUAGCCUUGGUGACUCCAAUUAUUGGCAAGACUGAGGAGGAGGCUUUGGCCAAGUAUAACGAGUACAAGAAGUAUGCUUCUCACGAGGGUGCAUUGUCCUUGUUUGGUGGUUGGACUGGCAUCGACUUGAACCAGUAUGGGGAUGAUGAGGAACUUCGACAAGUUGAUAGCAACGCUGUCCGAUCAACUGUUGAAGGAUAUGCUAAGUUCUCCCCUCCCAACUCUAAGUGGACCAAGCACACUGUGGCUGAGCACAUCAGCCUCGGAGGAAACGGUCCUCUUCUGGUCGGCACACCCUCGCAGGUGGCUGACGGUCUCCAGGAAUGGAUCGACGAGGCUGACGUUGAUGGCUUCAACUUUGCCUAUGUUCUGUUCCCUCAAUCUUUCAAGGACAUUAUCGACCUGCUGCUUCCAGAGCUUCGGGCAAGAGGGCUAUUUUGGGACGACUAUGCGGUUCCAGGAGGUUCCUACCGCGAGAACUUCUAUGGCUUGAAGGGCCAGAAGCAUCCUCUGCCAGAGCACGCAGCUUCCAAGUACCAGUGGGCAGCAGGAGUCCCUGCCAAGGACCAUCAGAUCCCUUAG